AUUGAAUUCAUUUGAUUGUAAGCUUUUGCGUUGAGCGGUUGUACAUCUUAAACAAUUCACAGAAUGUCCACAAAGUCCGCGUCGCUCCUCUUGUUUAUGUUAAUUGUUUUGCAUCUGCAGACAUCUUUUGCAAGCGAUUCGAUCGCCACAUUGUCGAUUCAGAGCUCUGAAAGUCAGUGCGGUGGAUAUUGCUUUUUUGUCCUGAAGCCUCUUCUGGACCACGUUGCAGCCAAUCAGGAGCGGUGGAAUGCCUGCGACGCCAAACUGGACAGGACGGAGAGCCAGCUGGUAGUCCUACAGGAAAAAUUGUCCAAAAUAGAAGCGGAAAAGGCUGCUGAGGGAAAACUGGUGGAGAAGCCGAAAGUAAAGCAACUAGAUUCCUUCGUGCAGAUCGGCUCCAGGUUCUUCUACAUCGAGCAGAAUCACAGAGUCAGCUGGUUUUCCGCUACGUGUAUAUGCCGUCAGAUGGGUGGCUAUCUGGCGAGUCCGAGAAGCGAGGAAGAGUGGAAUGGCAUUAAGGAAAAGCUCACACAAAACCGAGUUUAUUGGCUUGGAAUUUCUGACUUGGCCAAUGAGGGCUCGUAUCUGUCGCAGGCCACAGGAAAUUUGGCACCUUUUCUAAAGUGGAAAUCUGGUGAGCCCAAUGAUCAAUUAAAUAAUGAGAAUUGUGUGGAAGUUCGACCCGAAAUGAAUGACAACUAUUGUACAUUAAAGAAUUAUUUCAUUUGCGAGGCAGGCGAUGAAUCAUAAUAAAUAUCAAACCUAAAAGUAAAA